GCUUGGCCAGCUGGCCGUUGAGUCCCUGCAGGAACAGCUGGUCCGUGACUUUGCCCACGUUCAUGCAGGCUUCGUCCAGCACGGAGAAGAUGCCUUUGUGCUGCUGCUCCACCAGAUCCACGAUGAUCUGGUUGUUGAAGUAGUCGAUCUGCCGAAAAGGAGCGACGUAGCGCAUCACGCGUGCCCAUUAUCAACGGUCAAGAAGACGAGGAGGACGCGGCACGCACGUGUUUCCAUGGAAUGCCUUCUCGCUGAUACUCCUCCUGCUCCUGCUUCAGCACCAGCUGGAUGAAGAGCUGCUGCAGCUUCUCGUUGCAGUAGUUGAUGCAGAACUGCUCAAAGCUGCAACAAACAACACAGCGUCUGUUGAAAACACGGCUCGUUACACUUCCGGUGUGGUUGAUGACGUCCGAAAACAGCGACACGAGGGCGGUCUGUCUGAUGCGCUCCACUUCCGGUAAGAACUGCACGGAGCGGAUGCAUGAGAGGAAGAUGCGAUGGACUUCACCGAGUGCUACGAGGACACGGUGUCCAGCGUGGCCGCGGCCGCUCGCGUGGGCUGCAGGAGGCGGCUGAGGAGGCUCAUCCGCGAGGGUCGCAGCGUGGACUGUCCGGAUAACCGAGGUUGGACGGCGCUGCACGAGGCGGCCGCAGCCGGCAGCGUGGGCUGCCUGAAGGAGAUUCUGUCUGCCGCCGCAGCGACUGGCGGAUCAUCUUUGGACGUCCAGUCCUUCGUCAACUAUGCCACCCACGAGGGGGAGUCGGCGUGCCACCUGGCGGCGCGGCGCGGCUUCCUGCCGGCGGUUCGCAUUCUCCUGAGAGCGGGCGCCGACGUCAACCAGUGCACCAAUGACCUGUCCUGUCCUCUCUACGCAGCGGUCAGCGGCGACCACCAGGAUGUGGUGCGGCUGCUGCUGGCCAAAGGCGCCGAGGUCAACGGCACGCACACGGCUUCCUGUUGGACCUCCCUUCAUCAGGCCGUUUAUCAGGGUCACACCGGAGUCGUGCGCAUCCUGGCACGAGUGGCCCACCUGGAGGCACGCGACGACAACAGAGUCACUCCUCUCUUCCUGGCAGCGCAGUACGGACGGCGGGAAUGUCUGAAAGUCCUGGUGGACGCCGGUGCCGACGUGAACGCGCAGGCCGCCGACCUGGCCACGCCGCUGCUGCUGGCGUCUCAGGAGGGUCACACGGCCUGCGUGGACAUCCUGUUGGGUCACGGCGCCGACCCCAACAUGGCCUGCAGUCAGGAAUGGCCCCAACUCCCCAUUCACGCCGCCGCCCAGUUCGGCCAUCGCGAGAUCCUCGGGAGACUCAUACCCGUCACGGCGCGCGCGUGCGACCGCGGCGAGGGCAUGGUGAGUCCGCUCUACUUGGCGGCGCAAGGUGACCGGGAGGAGAGUGCCAGGCUGCUUCUGAGCGAAGGUUUCAGCCCCGACGGCCAGGACUGCACCCGCCUCCUUGGCUGCCGCUCGCCGCUCCACGCCGCCGUGCAAAGCGACGCCCCGGUUUCUCCCUCGAAGGUGACCACCCUGCUGCUGGAGGCGGGCGCCCGUCUGAGGGAGGACGAGUGGGUUCACGUCCUGCGUUUGUCCAACGUGCCGCUGCUGGACGCGGUGCUCUCUCUCAGGCGCAUCCCGCCUCCGUGGGAGCCGAGCGACGACUCGGCAGCGGCGCGGCGCCAGGGCGAGAUGCCGCUGGGACGGCAGGAGCUGGGGGACAUGUUGGCGGUGGCGCUCCGUCACAUCCAGGAUGCCCGCUACUGGCUCCCCCGUCUGCUGAAGGCGGGACUUGAACCUGCGUUGCUGCUGCAGCCGUGCAUGUGCGUCUUCCUCCUUUUCACACUUCCUCUUUUUUUUCCUCCCUUCACGCUCUGUCUGCCCUGCAGGCUAGAGAAGGCCACCAGUGACGUCGUGAAUUAUCUCCUGCACUUUGUGAACUGGUCCACUCUGUCAGCCUCUUUGAAAGCCAUUCUGUGGGGAAGACGGGCUGAGGACACGUGGCGACCCGACCCGCACUUUGACUCCACCCCCAGUCUCGCUCACCUGUGCCGCCUGCAGGUCCGAUCCCUGAUGGGACCGGACCUCAUCAGGAGGACCGACCGCGUCCGGCAGCUCCCCGUGCCCCCCUGCCUUCACCGCUUCCUCCGCUUCCGUGACAUUCCCGAGCCCUCCAUCCAAGAAGACCCCCACGACGUUUAGACGUCAGAGCGGACUCGCACCAGCGCCCACACUUGUUCAACCUUCCAGAAUGAGGCAAUCUUUGGGGGAAAGUCAGGGCAAAAGGUAACUGGACAGCAGCAAGAGAGUUUGAGAUGAAAAUAAAGUUUGUUUUGAACAAACGUGGAGCACAAAGGCGGCCUUUUAAAGCAACAUUUCAACAAAUUGUACGUUUUUUUUCAGCUUUCACAUGAGGCUCGAAAUCAGGGGUGUCCACACAGUCAAGAAAUAUCAUUUUUAAGAAAAAAAUAAAAAUAAAAUGGAGGAAAUUUGCUUCCAUCCAUCUUCCUCCACUUGUCCGGGUCCAGGUCGCGGGGGCAGCAGUCUCAGCAAGGAAGCCCAGACUUCCCGGUCCCCACCCACCACCUCCAGCUCCACCGGGAGGACACCAAGGCGUUCCCAGGCCAGCUUUGAGACAUCAUCCCUCCAGCGUGUCCUAGGUCUGCCCUGGGACCUUCUCCCAGCUGGGCAUGCCCGGAACACCUCCCCAGGGAGGCGUCUGGGAGGCAUCCGGACUAGAUGCCUGAACCACCACAACUGGCUCCUCUCCAUGUGAAGGAGCAGGAGCUUUACUCUGAGCCCCUCCCGGAUGACCGAGCUGCUUACUCUCUCUCUUAAGCGGGAGUCGCAUCUCGACGUACGUGUUGCCACACGCACAGGUGCUGCAAUUUUUGGGAAAAUUGGUAGGUUUUAGAUCGUGAUUGCGUUGUGCGACUUGUGCGAGCUAGGUGUGCUUCAGGUAAGGCUGUGGUAUGUUUCACUCACCGGGGAUGUACCGUGUGUGGGCAUCGUACGAGGCCCAUGAAGCCCACUCACUUCCAUUGCAAGGUGGGCGUGCUGGCUUCCUACGGCACCUGCAGCUAUCAUGACCGGGAGAACAGCUGGAGGGGUUGCAAUGUACACAAUGCACUUUUAAACUUGCUGCACACGCACUCCUGCUCUGCUUUGCUCUUGCGACCUGGCUGAGUGCAAGGAUUUCCUGCAUGCAUGCAGAAAAUAAUUUGCAUGCCAGUUUUCGUAGGAGAAGGUACGUUGGGAUGUAACUAACCCCCUUUAGGGUGAGUCCAGCCACCCUACGGAGGAAAGUCCUUUCAGCCGCUUGCAUCCAAGCAUUCCACGCAAUGUUGAAGAGACGUGCCAGCCAAGACAGUCCCUCAACAUCCCGAGCCAGGAGGAACUCAAUCCCACUGACGUCCCUUCCUUAGAGGAAGCAGAGUCUGAGGACACGAACGCGGACACUUCCAUCACCACGGCUGAGCUAUUUGGAGAGUCAAAACACUCGCCGGUAGCAAAGUUCCGGGGGUUGAGUUUCAGCCUGAGUUCCUCAAGAAAGUUGAAAUAUAUAAAAAAAAAAAAACGGCAAAAAUGUGAUAAAAAGAGUGAAGUUGAUAAUGGGCUUUUUCACCUAUAUGAGAAAGCUGAGAUAAAAUAACAAAAAAAUGCAAAUAAUAUAAUAAAAAUAACUUGUUAGCAUAUCAACAUGUGUAGCUUCACUAAAUCUCAAAGUGUCAAAGUUGCAUCCUUUCAUUUUUCGUUGUGUGGCCCUCAAGAUGGAAAAAGCCCAACUCUAAAUGACAUACGGGGUCCAAAGCAGGCAUAAGAUGUCAUCAAGUGGUGGUCUUUAAUAUCUGUGGUGUAUUUACAGUAUUUACAAUCAUUCCUCACACCAGUCAACUUAUCAAAAAUAGCAUUUGAGCUCACGUUGCAUGAGGAAACAUCUGUGAAAUAGUCAGGACACGCGUGGGCGUCACAAAGGCACAGUCUGAUGGUCACCAUGGUGACGAUGAGGGGAUCACAUGACUGAAAAUAUGCAAAAGUUUGUUCAAAGGCGUGCACAGAAUGGACCACGACGCUUCAAGUAUGAUCCUUUGGGUGCUGCUUCACUCUGCAGCUCAGCACCUUCUACCCAGAUAGUCCGCCCUCCUUGCUUCCGGGCCGGGCGCCGCACAGGACGGCGCCACUCGCCGGAGUCUCGGCGCUCGCCAAACAUUUUUGUCCCUUCCCUCGCAAAAAGAAGCCAAAGUGGGAGUGAAAAGAACAUGCUAGCGCUAUGACUGGAAUCAGCCUGGUCCAUGACGG